CUCGCGGAAGUAGACCUGCAAGUCACCCCCGAGCCCUGGGCUCCAGAGCGGGAGGGUACGUGCUGCGCGCUGACGCCACGCGCUGGCCCCGCCCCCAGCUCGCCCUCCCUUAUAGUGCAGCUCUGGCGCGCGCGCACCAUUGUGUGGCUGGACUCGGCCGCCGCUGCGGUGUGAGGCGCGUGUUCGGGCUCUCGCCGUCCCCGCACCCGCACCGCGGCUCCUGCUUUGCGGUCAGCCGUUCGACGCCAGCCUUCGGGCCCCUCGCCCGCCACAGACAUGCCGCGCGUCUACAUAGGACGCCUUAGCUACAACGUCCGGGAAAAGGACAUCCAGCGCUUUUUUAGCGGCUAUGGCCGUCUCCUCGAAAUAGACCUCAAAAAUGGGUACGGCUUCGUGGAGUUCGAGGACUCCCGCGACGCCGACGACGCCGUUUACGAACUGAACGGCAAAGAGCUCUGCGGCGAGCGCGUGAUCGUGGAGCACGCCCGGGGCCCGCGCCGCGAUCGCGACGGCUACAGCUACGGAAGCCGCAGUGGUGGAGGUGGAUACAGCAGUCGGAGAACCUCUGGCAGAGACAAAUAUGGACCACCUGUUCGUACAGAAUUCAGGCUUAUUGUAGAAAAUCUUUCUAGUCGUUGCAGUUGGCAAGAUUUAAAGGAUUUCAUGAGACAAGCAGGUGAAGUAACCUAUGCGGAUGCUCACAAAGAACGCACAAAUGAAGGCGUGAUUGAGUUUCGUUCCUACUCUGACAUGAAGCGUGCUUUGGAUAAACUGGAUGGUACAGAAAUAAAUGGCAGAAAUAUCAGGCUCAUUGAGGAUAAACCACGAACGAGCCACAGGCGGUCUUACUCUGGAAGCAGAUCAAGGUCACGGUCUAGAAGAAGGUCACGAAGUAGGAGUCGCAGGAGCAGCCGCAGUAGAUCUCGAAGUAUCUCAAAAAGUCGCUCCAGAUCCAGGUCUCGGAGCAAAGGUCGAUCACGUUCUCGAUCAAAAGGCAGGAAAUCCAGAUCAAAAAGCAAAUCUAAGCCCAAGUCUGAUCGGGGCUCCCGUUCACGCUCUCGAAGCAGAUCUAAGGAGUAUGAGAAAUCUCGAAGCAGGUCUCGUUCUCGAUCUCGUUCCCCCAAAGAAAAUGGAAAAGGUGAUAUAAAGUCAAAAUCUAGAUCAAGGAGCCAGUCUCGUUCAAAUUCACCCCUACCUGCUCCACCCUCAAAGGCACGUUCUGUGUCCCCUCCACCAAAAAGAGCUUCAAGAUCCCGUUCUAGAUCUCGUUCAAAGUCGAGGUCACGGUCCAGAUCGAGUUCCAGAGAUUAACUUAGAACUCUACAUUCUUUGCACACUAUUAUGGAACACUUUCCUACUUGCUUAAGCAGUUAUUCUUCCAUGUUUGUACUUGGCCUCUUUGCAAGAGGAAUCUCCUGAAAACAGGGGCACACAGAAAUUUGAUUUGUGGCCAAAUUUGAUGAAAAAGAUGAGGUUCUAAAGAAAUGGUGGCAUGAAGUCAAAGAUCCUCUCCCUUCUUUGUAGAAUUAAGAUAACUUUGAUUUUAUAGCUUUUGAGCUAAAAUAACUUUUGUAAAGAUUAAGCUCAUUUAGAUUUUUUUUAAGUAUUUCAGCAGGAUCUGCUGCAGGGGUUUUGUUGUUUUGUUUGCUUACUUUUAAAUUAACCGUUUCAAGCUUUGAAUACCUAAGGCUUUAGAGGGAGAACCCAAUUUUCAAUUAUGUUGGCUUUUUAUAAGCUUGAGUUAUGUAAGAUUUCAAUAAAAAUUUGCUACCAAGAUAAUUGCCUUACUGAAUAGGUCACUAUUAAAUUCCUUUAAAUAUUGGUAAUCUACUCUUUGUGGAAACGAUGUAAAUUCAAAGUGUAAAAGAAGGCAAGCCUCAGACCAGCAAUAAAUUAUUGGAUUUGGAUAACAUUUUGUGCUGUUAAUCAAAUUUACCAAAGUCCUAUCUGCCCCUUUGAGUUUAAAAGGUAUUUCGUGGUCCAUCUAUUAUACGAUUUUGCCUAAGUUAGUGGAUUUUAAAUGAUGAAAACUUUUCAACUUAAAUUUAAUUGAACUCUUGAAGAAGUAGUUCUUAAUACUUGAGAACCCGUUUAGCCUGGUAAUCCCACUUUAUGGAGAAAUGGUCAGUGUAAUUAGUGUUUUGUCAGAAUAUGGUUCCAUGGUCUUUAGUGUUUGUUGUAUGAAAAUGGAAGUAGCCUUUCUUUGAUUGGAAAUUUAGCAUAUUCUUGUUCAAAGUAGAAAAGCAAGUACUGCAUUUUCAGCUGGAAGAUUAUUAUAUUGAACAGGCACUUAACAGGUUGCUUGGUAAAAUUGGUUGCUGAUUAGAGUGAAAUUCCACCCAGCCAUCAGUCGUUAAUGGUUGAUGGGGUUAUGUGAUAAUUGAUUAGAUCAUCCUUGUAACUUUACAGCAUAUGGUGGGCUUGAAACGAAUUUACAUGGGUAACCUCUAAAUUUUCUGUAAUUUAAUAUAUGCUGUGGAAGCCAAAUUAUACUGCAAAUUUGUAGGAGUUAACUGGAUAACCAAUGGGUCCAUGCAUCUAUAAACCUAAUUAGUUGAAGUUGCAAUUUGAGAAAUGAAUUACUCUCUAUUUUUAUGUUCAGAUACUUCAAUUCCAUUUAAAAGCACUCGUUAAUCUUGGUUUGAAACCAAGAUACAGAUUGUUUGACUCCGCUUUAUUAUCUUCUAGGAUCUGUCACUGCAUAAGGUGUCAAGGACUGGAUUGUACUAUAGUGGGGCAUAGUGCUCAUCAUGCCACAGAUGUGACUAGAAAGCAUGAUAAUCUAGAGUUGGUUUGUAGGUUCCAAUAAUCCAGAAGGCAUACCUGAGAUGAGGCUGCUUGAGAAAAUUGAGUCAAAGAUUUAGGUGUCAAAAUCCCAGAGUAGCUGGGAGGAGUACUUGCUAGUGCAUAGAAAGAUUUGUUAUUCAGAAAUUUCUGAGCUUCCUGUUAGAAAAUUUUAGAGCCUACUCUUAGGAAAAUAGUGCCCCAAAAGGCUGAUGCUUCUUCCAUGACCUUAUUUUCUUUUCUUUACUCUCAUACUGUUUUAAAGUUUAGAUAUUCACAAGAAAUGGGUUUUUUCCCCAGUAUAAAUUUCAGAAUUUGAAAGAAGACACUAGUGUCUGUGAUUGUAGUUAUUUUCCUACUUGAAAGAACAGAAGUUACAAUUCACGCAGAGGCACAUCUCCAGCUGCCUUUCAAAAUUUGGUUAAAGAACAAGUUGGUUUAAGAAUUGGCUUUGACCAAAGUUUUCUCGUUUUCAGGGAAAGAACAAAAGCUUUUAAAACCACAGCCUUUUAAAAAGGAAGGAGGGGGGAAUAUUGCAGUGUGAAAUUUGACUUUGUAAAAGUGUAAAACAUCUUUCAACUGGGCUUUCUUGUGUUAGUCUAACCUCACCUGGUAAUGGGCAGGUUUACCUACGUUGUUAGCUUGCUUGCCCCCAAAGUGGGUAAUUAUAUGGGUAAGUGCCUACGCCCAUAAAAGUUUCCUGGUAAUAGCAAAGACCAACUUAUUGAGAAUCUAGUCCUAUUCUAUCCCUGUGGACCUCAAUGUCAUUGGAUAUAUCUAAACCACUAUAACACUGGCCCACUUGAGAACAGAGUUGACUGCUGAAAUGUUUAUUAGUUCCUUGCUAACUUAUCAGUAGAAUCUGAGAGUCUGCAACAUGCCAUGUGUAAAUCCUUGGCUAGAUAGAGUAUUAAACUGAGCGCAAAAAUAGAAAUGAGCAACAUCUCGAUUCCCCUUUCUUUUUACCUGAUAGUGUUGACUGACACGCCAUAGUGCCUUUAAGGCCAAUUUGAGUCCUACCAGUUCCUGUGAUUUACGUUCCAGUCCUGUGUUGUUACUACCUUUCAUCUUGGUAUCUUCUUUUCCCCACUUUGUUAACCUACUUUAUGCUUUAUCUCCUCAAUAAAAUGCUUACUGAGGGUU